AUGUUUCUUCUGAAAGAUAAUUUCAAUCCAUCUAGUCAAAGAAGUAGAUCACGAUUUUUUGGAAUUGACAGUGUUUUCAAUAGUCAUGAAGUUUCCUGUAAUGAUAAUAUUCACAAUUAUGAAGGUACAUUUAUGGAGAAUUAUGCAACAUCUGGUAGCAGUAUUCAUCCAAUGGAUGUUGGCAAUAAUAAUAAUAAUAAUGGUAUUAACAGCAGCAAUAGCAGCAGCAGCAGGAAUCACAAGGAUACUAAUUAUGAUAACAACCAGAUGAUAUUUAAACUGGAUGAAAUGUUUGACCAGAUGAAUUUUCACGAGGAUACUUCAUCUGAUCAUAGUCGAUCGAAUAGUCCACCGUUAGGUCGUCUACGCAGAGAGAAACCGAAACCCAUAACAAGCAGGCAACAAGUUGAAUUCCCUGGUAUAUUUGUUGAAGGUUUUCGUGCUGGUCAUAUGGGAUUUAAUAUACCUGGUAUUUUACAAGACUCCUUAAAACCAACCGAUUCAAUGGAAGUGAAAAUUAAUCUGCCAACUCCAGAAUUCUUUUCUCAGUCUGUCUGGCAAAAUCCAUCACCGUUUAUGAUGAAUUUAACACAAAAUGAGAAUACCUCGAAUGACAGAGAAGCUUGUCGAAGUAAUGCUAAUGUGAAUACUGGUCGUUUUGGUGCUUCAUAUUUACAAUCUGAUAUUCAACACACAACAACAAGGACAUCAUCGACGGUGAAUAAUAAUAAUGAUAAUAAUAAUGACAACACGAUGCCUUAUUCAUCUUCAGGUGUUUUUUUCAACUCCAGUCAUAAUUGUCCACGUCCUGGUGAUCCUUGCCUUUUAAAUUCAAUCGAUACAAAUCAGUCUGAUGCUCAUUUACUGAACUGUGGUACUGAAAGUUACACUGUCUCAUCAAAUCCUUAUUCAUCUAGUCGUUUUCCUAGUGUCUGUGAAGGAAUCUCAACAGAUUCAGGUCUACCGUCUAAUUGUCUAGUACGCUCAGUUAUCUCUGGUCAUAAAAAGAUUGGAGAUAACGAUGAUGAGGAUCGUGUGGAUGGCCAUGUUGAUGGAGGGAACAAUUAUGCUGAACACAAUCGAAAAACCUCGAAUAGUACUAAUCGAUUCUCGCGUUUUGGACACUUUGAUAUACGAUAGAAAGAAAGAAAGAAAAAGCAUAUAUGGUUAGAGAAAUAUUUCUGUUCAAAAGUUAAAAAAAAAACAACAAAAAAAAAUUUAUACAAAUUGCAUUUUUGAUAUUACUAUUAUUAUUUUAUUUUUUUGGUUUUCGACUUCUGUUUUAUACAUACACUUGUUUUGUUUAUUGUGCUUCUUUCUAAUAACUAACUACCCUGUGACCCCCUCAGUAGUAUCGUAUUCAACAGCGACAAAGCCUACAUAUUAGAUAUUUUGUAUACUCAGGAAAAUGUGGCUCACACUAUUAUUAUUAUUACUAUUAUUAAUAUUUAUACUUUAUGAUUGUAAAUGCAUAUUUUGUAUCAUUUGUGAUGCCUAGGAGGAGAAUGAAAAAAGAAAAUUAAAAAUACACCAUUCGAUCUCAUUACCUUCUAUUAUCUCUUCAGGAUAUAUCCUAUGCAUUAGGCUUCUUAUCUGUUAACCUACUCACUGACUCACUGACUCACCCGCUCACUCACUCACUCACUCACUCUUAAUCUUCACGUUAUUCCAAUGUAAAUAUAGAUAUCGGUGAAAGCAUACCCUGUCGCCUUUCUUUCCAUGUAUUUUGUAGAGCAAAAAAGGAAAAUAAAUUUUGAAAAAAAAACAGUCAAAAGAAACUCUCUGUAGCCCUUCACCUGUCCAUUUACCAAUUUCUUUCACAAGAAGAUGUUAAAAUGAUUUUCUAUCAGAAUUAUUAUUAUUAUUACUACUACCCCUAUUAUAUUCCAGCUAUUUUUGUUUUCUACGUCUCGAUAUCUGCUUACUAGGGCACUAUACAUGCAUAUAUAUUUAUUGUACAUAUAUACAUAAUGUACAAAAACAUGACUACUGCCUACCAUCUCAUUGUUUUACUUUAGUUUGAUUAAAAUUCUUUCCGAAAAUUAUCUAUACUACUACUAUUACUACUACUUC